AUGGAUGGUAGUGCCGGUAAUGGUUCUGGAGGCAAAGUGGGAUUAUCAUCAAGUGCUUGGGGCUCGAUUUUGUCGAGAAGUGACUCGACUUGGGCUUGCAUGUUCUUGAAAGACUCACUCUCUGAUAUCUCGGGAGCUCGCAUAGCUCUAACGCACACGGAAGAUCUAUCUGCAGCCAACUCGUUUGCUGCGUCAGCACAGCACCCGCGAGCCCCUCACUUCGGGCCGUUCGUGCCGAUUGCUGAAAUCCACCGAGCCGCGGUGGACCGACUGCCUCCUGUUUAUGGCCAGCUGGCUCCCAGCUUCGGCCGCCUUCUUCAGCUUCAGGUAGCAAGCAUCGCAAACCCUGUGCGGCUUACCCGGCAUCGGGGCAAGUGCCGCCUUCAUCGCCUUCUUCGAGCUGCACGCGUGGCAGUGGACGAGCCCGCAGUUGUAGCAGUUGUGCCUCUUCCUCGUGAACCCGAAAGCCUGCCUGCACGCGGUGCAGACAGACUGGUCGGCCCCCGACACCCACUUGUGGAUGCAUAUGCAUGCCGUGUAGUUCGACCCGCACGCAAUGUUGCGCACGUGCCGGUCCUUGAGGGCCUCGACCGGCGUGGGGGAGCCCCGGUCCUCCGCGUCCCCGUGGCCCAGCCGCCCGUUGGCCCCUCGGCCCCACGUGAAGACCUCGCUACGCAGCGUCAGGACGGCCACGUGGUGGGACCCGCACGAGAUCUGCUCGACAAACUCCCCCACGAGCCGGUCCUGGACGAGGACGGGCGACUUCCCCUCCGCCUGCGGGUUCCCGAGCUGGCCGUGGGCGUUGCUGCCCAUCGUGAAGACGUGGCCCGAGUUUGUGAGCGCGACCGUCAUGUUGGCGCCGCACGAGAUCUGCUGGAUGUUGUAGUCGAUGAGGCCCGACACGCACGUCGGGAGGAGGUACGUCUCCUUGCUCCCGUGCCCGAGCCGGUACUUGUCCCCGUCCCCCCACGUGAAGAGCUUCCGCGAGGCGGCCACCGCGCUGGGGCCCGCCGCGCCAGACACCUCGAUGAUGGCGGCCGUAGAGUGGACCUCCUUGGGGUAGGUGACGCUCUCGCGGUCCCCGUGGCCGAGGGCGCCGAACAUCCCGUCCCCGAACGUGAAGAGCUUCCCGGACGAGGUGGCGAGGGCCGAGUGCCAGGUGCCGCACGCCACCGAGAGGACCUGGAGGCCCUCGAGGGCUCCGGAGACGCGCUUUGGGAUCCAGUGACUGACGUCGUUGCCAUGGCCGAGGAGGCCGACGUUGUGGGUCCCGUCGCCCCACGUGUAGAGGUCGCCGGACGAGGAGAGCGCGCAGGUGUGGAACUCACCGCAUGA